CUGCAUUCCAAAACAGAACUCUUUUCUUUUUCUUAUUGAUCAGAUUAAAUUAAGUAAUCCUAAAUCAAUGAUGCACUGUACCUCUCCUCUUCAUUUGCAACUCUCACUCUGACUUCUGCAUCAAAAUUCUUCUCCUGGCUGGACUUGAUUGACUCCCCUAUUCCGGCCUCUAAAAAUGGCUGCUGCUGCACCACCGGAGGAGGAAAAAUCUGUUCAGGAAGAGGUCUCCCUCUUGAUCCUUCUCGCCCAACAAGUCAUCAAGUCUCCUCAAGAAGCCGAGUCCUCUAAACUCGAUUGCGCAGAGCUUGCCAGGCAAAUCGACCGCCUCUCCUCCGCCGCCCCUUCCCUCUACGACCGUCCUGUCCGCCGCAUCGCUGCUGACAUCACCAAGACCCUCGACCGCGCGCUUUCCCUCGCACGCAAGUGCCGCCACGGUGGGCUCCUCCGCCACCUCUUCUCCAUCACCACAACUGCUGAUUUCCGCAAGGUCUCCAAGUUACUGGACUCAUCCAUCGGUGACAUGCGCUGGCUACUGUCUCUUUUCGACUCCGACGAGACCAAUCUCUCCCUCCCACCAAUCGCGGCCAGCAACGAUCCUAUCCUCGCUUGGGUUUGGUCUUACAUCCCCACAAUCCUUAUGGGCAACCUUAAAGACCGCGUUGAUGCGGCAAACGAGCUCGCGUCUCUGGCCAAAGACAAUGAUCGAAACAAGAAGAUUAUUGUCGAAGAGGAUGGAAUUCUGCCUUUGCUGAAGCUCCUAAAAGAAGGUGCCUCCCCUGAGGCACAAAUUGCGGCGGCGAAUGCGCUUUACAAUAUCGGGACUGACCAGGAGAGGGUCAGGAUGAUCGUCGAUGUGACGGGUUUACCAAUUAUCGUGAGGGUUCUUGGGGAGGCACAGACGAGAGUUCAGAUUCCGAUUGCAAAUUUGAUGGCCAGAAUGGCAGAGCUCGACCCGUUUGCUAGAGGGAUCUUUGUGAUAGAGAAUGUGACAAGACCUUUAAUCUCGUUGCUGUCUAUGGAUUUGGUUCUGCCUUUGGUUCUGGAUGUUGCGAAACAGCUACCUGGAAAGGAUAGCAUAAAUUCAAUUGUACAGUUGAACAGAGAGAUCGCAAGAACUCAAAGAUAUCUGAAUUCGCCUGCCCACUCUUCGUCUUUUUCCUCCUCUGAUGGUAGCAGCAGGGGCGGGCAUCAUAAGAAGGAGAAGGAGAGAGAGGCAGAGACACCAGAAUUGAAGCUCAAGCUCCAGGUUAGUUGUGCAGAGGCAUUGUGGAAGUUGUCCAAAGGAAGUAUAUCAACUAGUAGGAGAAUUACAGAGACCAAAGGGUUGCUUUGUUUAGCUAAGAUUAUAGAGAAGGAGAUAGGAGAUUUGCAGUUCAAUUGUCUGAUGACAGUUAUGGAGAUCACAAUGUUUGCAGAAUGCAAUACUGAACUCAGACGAGCGGAUUUCAAGACUAAUUCUCCAGCUGCUAAGGCAGUUUUCGACCAACUUUUGAGAGUAAUUCAGGAAGGGAACAAUCCUACAUUGCAGAUUGCUUCUAUAAGAUCAAUUGCUGCUAUUGCGUUGGGGAAAUUUGCUUGUCCAGAUAACUUCAAUUCUUCACAACAUUCAAAGGCAAUCAUUGACUUUGAAGGAGUUCCAGCUUUGAGGGCUGUGGUGGGUGCAAACGAUCAGGCUCGGGUGCAUGGACUUAAGUUGCUAUGUUACCUGGCAUUGAGUGCUAGCAACAGCAAGGCUCUUGAACAAGCAAGGGCAUUGAAUGCCCUUGAGGGGGCUGCUCGUUCUGUGGUACCUCAAAACCCUGACUUGAGGGAGCUGUUUGCUACAGCCAUAAAUAAUCUAACUCUUCAUCGGACUGGAGCUCAUUUCCAUAGACAAUCUAUUGCACCUUAGUUGCAUCGAUUCCAUUGUCUGUUAACUUAUUCAAACAUGAACGUCUCUUGCAUAUAGCAUACAGAGAAAUGGAUUUUGAUAUUUAACCAACUAAAUUUGUGAUUGGACG